AUGGCACUAGCAAGUAACAUCUUCGUCGGAUUCGACGUUUCCGACAAGGAUAAGCCGUUCAUGCUCGACGUCCUCCUCGCCCCCGGCACCCCUUGGGACGAGAAGCUGGCCAUCUACGACCUCGGUCUCUUCAGCGGAUACGAGGACUGGAACCUGAUGCUGGAGAGUGCUGCCUCAAUCAAGGAGGCGGACCUGGCUCGCUCGCCGCUGGAUGCGCGAGAUAUUCUAGCCUACAUCCCUCGAGUCAAAGAAGCCACGCUAGCAGCCGAGAAGCUACGCCAGGGUUGGGCAGCGACUGACCAGGCCAUCAAGAAUUUGGCCUCCCUGCUGCGGGUUCAUCGAUCAGGCCUCGCCGCCGUGCCCCGACCUCGAUCUCAAUCUCAAUCUCAGUCUCGAUUUCGACCCGCCGCCAUCAAACGGGAGCGAGUUAUCAAGCGAGAGGCCGCUGCCGUUGCCCCCAAGCGCGGACGGGAGGUUGCCGAGGACGGGAACGAAGCAGAGCCUAGGCAGCGAGCCAAACGGCAGAGAUCCGCUACCAAGUCAUCUACCUCUCACUAUUUCGCACCGUCAACAGACGAACAUUCGCCACGCACGGGCACGGGCACCAGCACCGGACAACAACCAGCAACUCCGUCGCCCGCUGACACGGCCCAGACUGGCGGCACCUCGGCUCUCAUAUGCCAUGGUAUCGCCACGCCUAAUCCCACGCCUCGCAAGCAGUCUCAAGAAAUUGAGGCCCCGAAGGAGGGCACCGCCACCGCCGUCACCACCACCACCACCACCAUACGAGACCCGCUCCAGGCGACAAUCCAGGCCCAAAAUGCCGACAGCCGGGGGUCUUCGGGCAGAAACGCCAUCCUGGCCAUCCCCGCGCAGCAGUCCGUCCCCGACGAACUCGUCCGAAUUAUUGUCCCCCGACGAAUUGAGACGGGUCAAGUCCGAGACCUAGCUCCCCCGAAGCCUGAGCCAAGGCGGAAGAUGGCCGUGAAAUCGCCGUUCUUCCGCCAGCCGCAGACGAGACCGUCUCCCAAGCCGAAACGCGUCGGUGGUCUUGUGUCGACGAUCCCCUUCCCGCCGCUAUCGGCGCCGCACUUUGGUCUGGUUCAGGAAGAGUUUGCUCACGAACCUUUCUGGCUGCUUGUGGUCGUGACUUUCCUCGUCAAGACGGCCGGUACGCUGGCCAUCCCGACGUUCUACAAGGUCAAGGAGCGGUUUCCAACACCAGCCGCCCUGGCUGAUCCAGUGGCGACCGUCACGGUUAUGGGCAUGAUCCACCACCUGGGUCUCUCAGUCGUGCGAACGGCGGCGAUACAGCGAUACGCCCGAGCUUGGCUCGUACAGCCACCGACAGCAGGCGUUGUUUAUCGAGUGAAAAACUACGACAAGAGAGAUGUCGAAGCGCAUACAUUGCGGGCGCCUGGUAGCGCUAAUUCUCCUGGUCCUAUUAUCGCCGAACACGCCACAGAAGCCGAUGAGGCGUGGGAGAUGGGCCACUUCACCCAGGGCAAAUACGCCCUCGACAGCUGGCGUAUCUUCUGCCGAGACGAGCUCCUGGGACGGGCCGAUGACUGGAAUGGCAAAGGCGCCGCCCCCAACUUCCAACCCGAGUGGAUGAGAGUGCGACCGGACGACAAGGAGCUCCGGGCGUGUCUACGGUGGAUGUGGAUGCGCGAGGGCUGGGAAUGGGAUCCCGUGACGGGCGAGAGGACUGUCCUCCGGGAUGAGAUGCGGAGGGCUGUGAAUGAAGAGCGGGUGGACUAUGACGACACGGGCGGGUUGGUGAUUCUCGACGAGCCGCGGUCAGGCUAG